UACAUCAGUUUUGAGCCCGAACGGAGAACUCAUUUGCAACUGGCGCUAAUUCGAGCAUUUAGGGUAUUUAUUUAAUUGUUAAAUUUUUGCUAUUGCAGAAGCUUCAAAGAAUAUUGUUACGGGAAGAACAUUGGCGCCAUCGACAUGUCCCAUACUAAUGAUUAUCAUGUUUGUGAGCGUUGUCAUGUGACUGAUGAUCAUAAGUGAUCUAACGAGAACUUUUGUGUUAUUUCCAUAUGAACUGAGGGUUCGUAGCCAGCUUGCGUAUUAUUCGCGCAGGUUUUAUGAUAUUCACGGUUAUGGCUAUUGAUUGAAAGCGGUCGUGGAUAAGAAGACGACUGAAUAUCACGAGACUUUGCCCUCGACAAUUCAAACACCCGUAUCCCCAAUUAAUUACAAUAAUUAUACAAAUCGAGUCGCCAGGCUAAGGAUAGGAUGGCGAAUGAGAGUGUUUAUGGAGGACAAAAGACUAUGGAAAAUGUUUACUGUUUACUUCUGAAGACUCUUAUCGAAGAAGUAGAGCUCCAAAUGACAUUUUUGUCAGUUUUUAACAUUUUCAUGUCCUUUGCUGCAGUCUUGGGUAAUGUUGUGAUCAUCGAUGCUCUUUCCAACGAUUACUUUUGUCAUUCAUCCUCCAAGUUCUUCUUCCGCUGUCUGGCAACAACAGAUAUUUGUGUUGGAGUUAUUUUAGAGCCUCUCACUGUCUACUAUUGGUUAUCCAUGGUGAAAAAACGAUGGAAUCAUUGUCACUCCGUGGUAACCGCUAUUUUCGUAAUCGGCAAUAUCACAACUACAGUCUCUUUGAUGACGGUGACUUCAAUUAUCAUUGACAGACUUCUCGCCUUACAGUUGGGACUCAGAUACAAACAUGUCGUAACGUCAAGGCGUAUACACAUAACUAUCGCUGCCUUUUGGAUCAUUUCGUCAGCCGCUACAGUAAUCUCCUUAUUGAAUUUCCUCGCAUAUCUUUGGUAUGUUUAUGUAGUCAUAGCAUUAUGCUUGGUAACCUCAUCAAUCGCCUUCGCCAAGAUGUUCUGUACUCUUUGCGGGCAUCAGAAUCAAAUAUUUAGCUCUGAGCACCAGACAACUUCGUUGAACUUGAUACGACUUAAAAAGGAAGUGUCCACCGCUUUCUGGGUGAAGUUGACAAUGGUUGUUUGUUAUCUUCCUCAUGUUAUAGUUGGCGUAGUAUCGCAAAUGUUGCAGGAUCCAAGUGAUCCCAUAUCAUCGACAUUUUUUAUUACAAAGGCGUCUGCACUGACUUUAUUUUAUUUAAAUUCGUCAUUAAACCCUAUUCUUUACUUUUGGAAGAUCAAAUCCAUCAGACAUACAGCGAAAACCAGAUUUAAAAAAUUACUCUUUGUUAGCUCUUGACGAAAUAUUGAUCUCAAUCCAAGAUGGACAAAAGCGCCACAUGUCGUUAGUAACUUCUGAGUCAUCGUAUUUGAAUAUUAAUACACGCAUUGCUAGUCAAUAUAUCAGCACGACGCAUUUCGUGCCAUGUCGAAAGGCUCUAAUACUAAAUGAUGUACGACAUUACUUUGUCAAAUAAAGAAACAAAAUCGACA